CUAAGCUGUACCCGCAUAUCAAGUGAGUGGCUCCCAAACGGGUCCUGGAUUGCUUAUCGGAGUACUAACAUAUGCAGGGCAUCGUAUCCCGGCCCCAUGAAGGCUCGCACCGCUUUCAACAAGGACAUGGCUUCUGCUAGUGACGAGUCGUCCGCCGACGAGGACGUUGACCACCCCUCCGCUGCUCCAGCUCCAGAUGCCGAGGUCGCCUACUCAUUCGAUGCCCAACGCGGUCCCAGCCACGGCAGCCAGAUCCUAAACCAUGCCCUCGAGAAAGCUGUCGAGAGGUUUGAAACCAAGGAGACAGAGAAGCUGGUGAAGAACGAGUAUGAAGUGCUCGACUUGUACGACGAGGCCCCGCGCGCAAAGCGACAUGUCGCUCCCGAGGAUGACGAGUACGAGUUUGUCGACGCGUGAAGACUUCCAUGGACCUCUUGAUUUACCCUCGUUCCUUAUCGAUUCUUCUGCACUUGAUUUGCAUACACAAUUUCCCGGCGUUCUUUGAUAUCUGAUAUUGACUUCGCUGUCGGCUUUCCCUCCGUGUUUACACUUGCAUCUUGGUCCAUGGCAGCAUCAAUAGGUGAGCGUUCGGCGCUUUCUGAGGACUUGAGCAGCCCUAUACCCGUUCCGGCUUGCUCUCUUUUAGUUUGGGUAUUGGAUGGGACGGCUGUCUACCAAUUGGAUGAGUGAUUGUGCAGGAGUAUGGUCUUAACGCUUCUGCGAUGGGUUCAAUUCUGCUGCACACACGUAGUCUAUAAUGCUAUCACUAGGAGCGGUGUGAAUUCACGCCGUUCAAACUGA